UCCGCCAUAUUAACUACACACUCGUUUCCCGCAUGUACAACCACCUGGGGGCCUCCUGCACACACACUCGCAUGCUGGCCGCGUGGAAAAGGACAUAGAGGCGAGAUACAGGGCUGGAGAGGCUGAAAUAAAGGGCAGGAGACGGCUAAAAGGGGGGUUAAGGCAGCCAUUGGGAACCGAAGCUUCUCUCCGCGGGACCGAAGCAAAGAGUGGCUCACCAAAACAAACAAGCUGUCUUUCUGCCGUUAAUCGCCCUUAUUUCUAACAUUUUCCAGGGUGUUUUGACCCCCUCCCACCCCCCAGCGUGUCCCUCAGGGUUGCUAAGGGUCCCACCCACCCCCAGACAGCCCCAGGGGGAGGCUAAAUAAGGAGAGGAGGGAUAUAUUGCUAAUACAAGACAGCGGCGUUCAAAUUCAGGUCCCCACAGGCCCCCGGCAGCCCCAGCAGCAGCAGCAGCAGCAGCCGCAGCAGCAGCAGCAGCCGCAGCAGCCGCAGCCCCACACGGCCCUGACAUGAGCCUGGGAAGGGGUGUGCCAGAGCCCCGCAGCAGCAGUAGCAGCAGCAGCAGCCGGCAGUGUGAGGCAGCAGCGGCGGCGGUGUAGUAUGCCCCAGGACAGUGGUGUGCUGAGCCGCCCCAGCCCGCGCCGGUCCCAGGCCUGACGCGCCGAUCUAUGCCAGUUGGCCCCACAGCACCUCAUCCCUGAACCACGGGGGGCGCACACCACACCCUAGCCUACCCCCCAGCCACCCGAGCCCCCCCCCCCCAGCCAUGGACCGCUACCCGAGCUGCCAGGAGAAGUACUACGAGUACGAGGAGUGGAACAAAGUGUUCAACCGCGACAAGGACGUCAACUACGUGAAGGAGGAGGAGCCCAACGUGCCGCCGCGGGGCAAGAAGCUGUUCGAGUGCCCCGAGUGCUCCAAGUGGUUCUCCAGCAAGGGCAACCUGCAGCGCCACUGGAUCACGCACACCGGGGAGAAGCGCUUCGAGUGCGAGGAGUGCAGCAAGCCCUUCGCACAGAAGGGCCACCUCAAGGCACACAAGCUGAUGCACACCGGCGAGAAGAACUUUGAGUGCGACGUGUGCGGCAACCGCUUCAUCAGCAAGGGCAACAUGCAGCGGCACAAGCUGACGCACACCGGGGAGAAGCGGUUCGCCUGCGAGGAGUGCGGCAAGCUGUUCCUGCAGAAGGGCCACCUCAAGACGCACAAGCUGAUGCACUCCGGCGAGAAGCGCUUCGAGUGCGACGAGUGCCGGAAGCGCUUCUCCAGCAAGGGCAACCUCCAGCGGCACCGCUUCACGCACACCGGGGAGAAGCGCUUCAAGUGUGAGGAGUGCGGCAAGAUGCUCACCCAGAAGAGCCACCUCAAGUCACACAAGCUGAUCCACACCGGGGAGAAGACCAACGAGUGCAACGAGUGUGGCGAGUACUUCAUCAGGAAAUCUGACCUCAAGUCUCACAAAAUAUCCCACACUGGCGCGGCCCACCCCGGAUGGUUCGACAGUCACCGGCUGGCCCCAACCUCCCAGCCCUCCGACUCCACCACCCCCGGAUGGUUUGACUCCUCCCGGCUGGUGCCCCUCCCAGCCGGUGUGGUGCCCGGCUGGCUGGGCUCCUCCCUGGCCCCCCGCUCCCCUCGGGGCAGGAGCGCAGGUUGCAGGCGUAAGGGUAGUGUCUGCGGCAGCGUCCCCCUGGCCAGCCGCGGCCCGCCAUGGCCCGCCGAUGCGUGACGCUGCCGCACACAGUCAGCCUUCUUCCCUCCCGCCCUCCCGCCCAGCCCGGCCCUGUGGCAGGGCCGGGGGCGGCGUCCCCCGGCCCCGCCACGGCUGCGGCGCGCUGGGCCGGCCGGCGCCGCAGCGGGGAGGACAACGGACUAUGACGUAGCUUACUGUUACUUAAAGGUAGUAGUACUAAACCACAAACCACUCACUCUCUCUCUCUCUCUCUCUCUCUUACCCUCUCCUUCCUUCCUUCCUUCCCCCUUUUGCAUCUUUCUAUCUUAGCAGUUAUUAUGAUAUUUUUUUUGUGGCUUGAGCUCUGGUGUGCCCGUGUGGCCCUGCGUGGCCCUGCGUGGCCCGGCGUGGCCCUGGGUGGGUCAGGGUGCCGCAGCAAUGCACAGGCCACAGCACACAGAAUAGGACAAAUAUGUAUAAAAGGAUUGUGUGUAAAUCUUUAAAGUGCUUGUAUACAUCCCAAUAUGUGCUCUCUCUCUCUCUCUCUCUCUCUCUCUCUCUCUCUCUCUCUCUCUCUCUCUCUCUCUCUCUCUCUCUCUCUCUCUCAGUUGUAGGUCUAGAUAAUGUUCGUAGGUGGGGACAGAUUAUUGUAUGAAGUGUGUGUCUCAGAUUUUAGCUUUUAAUAGUACCCUCUCUCUCUCUCUCUCUCUCUCUCUCUCUCUCUCUCUCUCUCUCUCUCUCUCUCUCUCUCUCUCUCUCUCUCUCUCUCUCUCUCUCAGUCACUAGCACCACUCAUCCUAAAUUUCUAAGCUAGUUCACUCUUCUCACCCUGGAAGAAAAUAGAGAGAGGGAGAGAGAGAGGGAGAAAAAGAGAGAGAGAAAGAAAGAGAAACUUCAACAAAGAUGUAAAGAAAUUUCUGCCAUAGGAUGUUUCAAAUCUCUCUCUCUCUCUCUCUCUCUCUCUCUCUCUCUCUCUCUCUCUCUCUCUCUCUCUCUCUCUCUCUCUCUCUCUCUCUCUCUCUCUCUCUCUCUCGAUCAUUCAUCUUAUCCUGUGCGCUUGCUGAGGAAAGGACGACGAUGCGCACACACACACACACACACACACACACACACACACACACACACACACACACACACACACACACACACACACACACACAGGCUGCCAUCAUCACUAUCCCUCCAACUGCCUCCAGCUCAUCGCCGUCCUCUCCUCCCCCUCCCUCCCCUCUGUCCUUGCAUUCCCUGAUCCCCUGACCCCAUGAAGGCAUCUUGGCCACGUCCCUGCGUCCCUGAAUGGUAAACAAGCCAGGUCUCUCUGAAAGUAAAGGUUGCGCUUGUAGUCACAGCACUCCUUGACAUCUCCACUACAUUCCGAGGGCUGUGGUUGAAGUCAUGCGGGUUUUUGAGUGUGUUUUUACAGUCCUGGUGGAAGAUUGAUGACAUUUCUACAUUACGAGCAGGAGGAAUGCUCUCAAGAACCUGGCUAGUCGUCUCUGCGGCCCUAGGAAAUGGUUGUGGUGAGAGGGCAGAGUUUCAGAAGAGAGGCCUGGGUUCUGAGUGAGUCAAGAAAGGGUAAAAUUGAAGGAGAGAUGCAGAAAAAUUUCAUUAUUUACGCAGUUGUAUUAGUGUGGGAGACUGGGCUGGCUGACAGGCUGGUUGUGUUACUACUACUACUACUACUAUUACUACUACUACUAUUACUAUUACUAUUAUUACAGAGCAUAUGUGACUAUUCUCUCUCUCUCUAUCUCUCUCUACUAUUUCUCCUCUUCCUCCUCUGUUUUCUCUCUUCUUCUGCUCUUUCUCCUCUUCCUCACUUCUUUUCAUCAUCUCUGUGUCCUCUUCAUUAACUUCUCUUCCUCCUCUUCCAAACUUCAUUUUCAUAUCCAAUCCCUCCUCCUCCUCCUCCUCCUCCUCCUCCUCCUCCUCCUCCUCCUCCUCCUCCUCCUCCUCCUCCUCCUCCUCCUCCUCCUCCUCCUCCAUCUGCCUUUAGAUAUACAAAGAAGCAUGGCACUGACUAUCUGCCUAUUCAGUGCCCCUUACCUUGCCCCUCUUUAAAUUACAAGCUGUCAGUAGUGAAGGUUGUGCUGGAGGCUGUCUGUUUUUUGGUGUGUGUGUGGGUAGCUGUGAUAAAUCUGGCUUAUAAUUAGUAUACUGUGACGCUAAAUAUUUUGGUGUCCUAGUUUUGUGGAUUUUAGCAGGCUGUAGUGGAAGUUAUUGGGGUUUUCAAGGCUCCAGGGAUAGUUUAACAGGAUGUAGUGGAAGUUAUUGGGGUUUUCAAGGCUCCAGGGAUAGUUUAACAGGAUGUAGUGGAAGUUAUUGGGGUUUUCAAGGCUCCAGGGAUAGUUUAACAGGAUGUAGUGGAAGUUAUUGGGGUUUUCAAGGCUCCAGGAAUAGUUUAACAGGAUGUAAUGGAAGUUACUGGGGUUUUCAAGGUUCCAGAGAUAGUUUAACAGGAUGUAAUGGAAGUUACUGGGGUUUUCAAGGUUCCAGGGAUAAUUUAACAGGCUGUACUGGAAGUUAUUGGGGUUUUCAAGGUUCUAAUAGAUUAACAGGCUGUACUGGAAGUUAUUGGGGUUUUGAAGGUUCCAGGGAUAGUUUAACAGGCUGUAGUAGAAGUGAAAACCCCAAUAACUUCUAAAUUUGUGUGUUAAAUAUAAGAAAAUGAUGAAAUGGCUAGGAAGAGAUGAUGAAAAUAAAGUAAAAAAAAAAUCAGAAAACCACAAAUUUUACAAGUACAAAAAAUAAUGACAUGUUGUGAUUGGAGAGAAAAUUUUUGAAAGGAGAGAAAAUUGAGAGAGAAAAACUGAAUGCAAGUGUGUGUGUGUGUGUGUGUGUGUGUGUGUGUGUGUAAGAGAGAGAGAGAGAGAGAGAGAGAGAGAGAGAACUGACAGCCCCACACAGCCUCCACCCCCUCACAGCCCCUCUCCACAGGACAGCCCACUUGUGACCUGACCUAACCUGACUAUCAGCCCACACUACAGCGCUGACCCAAUCUGACUCCGUUCCACACAGUCCGACAGUCCAGCCCUGACCUAACCUAACUGACAGGCCCAUUCAGUCCAUCAGUCCAGCCCUGACCUAACCCACACCACCACAGCCCCGGACAGCACCCAUGCAAGCCAGCCCCUCUCCUCAGGACACCCCAUCCCUGGCCUAACCUAGCCUGACCUAUCACCUCCUCUUAACCUAACCUAAUCUUACCUAACUGAAUCUUAAUCUGAAUCUAUACUAACUUAAUUAAACCUAAUCUUAUUCUAACUUUGAUCCUAACUUAACUUUACCCUAACCUAACCCAACAGGACAGUCCAUCCCUAGCCUAGCCUAACCUAACCUAACCUAACCUAACCUAACCUAACCUAAUUAAACCUAAUCUUAUUCUAACUUUGAUCCUAACCUAACCUAACCUAAUCUUAUUCUAACUUUAAUCCUAACCUAACCUAACCUAACCUUAUUCUAACUUUAAUCCUAACCUAACCUAACCUAAGUCAGCCAGCCAUCCAGUCAGUCAGCCAGCCAGCCAGCCAGUGCAAGGGUUUACCACAACUAACAGGCACACACACCUCAGGAUAUACUCCACACCCUUAUCUAACCUAACCUGUGUCCCGUAGUCCCCCCCACCCCCAUUAGCCCCUUAGUACAGGUCCCAUUCCCCCUUCCCCCCAGCCCCUCUCAGUCCUUUAAGAGUACUACAAGUUUAGUCAAGCAGUGAGUGAACAAAAUGAAAUAAGAUUUUUUUUUCUUUUUCUUUUUUUUUUUUCUUUUUUCUUGUAUCAUGUCAUCCAUUCUCUCUCUCUCUCUCUCUCUCUCUCUCUCUCUCUCUCUCUCUCUCUCUCUCUCUCUCUCUCUCUCUCUGGCCAAUCCACUCAUAGAUUCCAAAUUUCAAAUCUUUUUUUACAUAUUUACAUUCCCUCUCUCUCUCUCUCUCUCUCUCUCUCUCUCUCUCUCUCUCUCUCUCUCUCUCUCUCUCUCUCUCUCUCUCUCUCUCUCUCUCUCUCUCUCUCAAACCAGCAGGAGCAUAGUUUAAGGCAGAGAACCACAGGAGGGUGUGAUGUGAUGGCUGUAGAACAAGGCAACAGCAGUGACAAUGUAAAACCAAUUUAAUUUUUCCGGCGUCGGCCAAGGUGUGUGUGUGUGUGUGCGUGCAUGUGUCAGUCCACCAGUCCAAAGGUGCCCCGUGCGUGCGUUGAUGGACGUCCAGGUGGUUAGGUGGCUUCAGUUUGGUGGAAGAGGCUUGUAUUGUAUUGUGUGUGUGGAAGGUUGGAAAUGUAUUUGUUGGUUAAAGUUUAUAAUUAUUUGAAACAUUUUUUAUUUUAUUUAAUUUUACUUUAUUUAUUUAUUUAUUGAUUGAUUAAAAGUAUCUGUAUUGUAUUUCUAUUUGUGUGGAAGGUUGAAAAUCUGACUAUUUGAUGGUUACAGUUUAAAUUUCAAGUUCUUUUUUGUAAGGAGGUGCAAAUGUUAUUUAAACUUGACAAAAUUUUCUAUAUUGUACUUGUGAGUGGCAAAGGUUGAAAUUUGAACUUAAUUUGAUGAUUGAACUGUAAAUUUCUCUGACUUCAUUUUUUUGGUCAGACAAUGAAAAGAUUAUUUGUUUAAACUUGACAGACCAUCUAUAUUGUACUUUUAUGUGUGUAAGCUUGAAAUUCAAACAUAAUUUAUUAGUUAAAAGCUUGAAUUUGCCUCAAACAUUUUUUAUUUUAUUUUAUUUUAUUUAUUUAUUUAUUUUGGUCAGGGAAUACAAACAUCUAAACUUGACAAAAAAAUCAUCUGUAUUGUACUGUUGUGUGGAAGGUUUAAAUUUGAACUUAAAGAUUCAAACCACAUUUAAACUAGACAAAAACACCUAUAUAUUGUCCUUUAGUGUGUGUAAGCUUUAAAUUCCUACAAAAGUUCAAAAAGCUUGCAAUUCCCUUGUACUAUAGUCUUGUGUCUAAGUUAAAAUUGACAUUAUUUAACCUAUAUUUCCAACAAACUUUGCACCACUGGCCAGGGAUGAAAGGGUUAAAGGGAACAACCUCAGUGUGUGUGUGUGUGUGUGUGUGUGUGUGUGUGUGUGUGUGUGUGUGUGUGUGUGUGUGUGUGUGUGUGUGUGUGUGUGUGUCCUUAAUGCCACCAGGGACACCAAGCAUUGUUAAGACAGCCAGCUAGUGUGUGUGCUGUCUGUCUGUCUGUCUGUCUGUCUGUCUGUCUGUCUGUCUGUCUGUCUGUCUCUAUAAACACACCAUAUGUACAUCAUCCCUGAGCUAAAUAAGGCCUUUAAAAAACAAAAAUUAGGAAAAAAAAAAGAAUAAUCAAUAAAAAUGUUAAGACAGGUAGUGUGUUGUGCUGUCUGUCUGUCUGUCUGUCUGUCUGUCUGUAAACACCUUAGUGCCAUUUCUGAGGUAAGUGUAUGAUCUUUAAAAACAAGAGUUAGGAUUAAAUAUAUAUUAAAUAAUGAAGGAGUGUUAAUAUAGACAGCUGGUGUGUUGUGCUGUCUGUCUGUCGCUGCCUUGGUAAACACCUCAUCUGCGCCAUCACAUCGGUAAAUAUUAAUGUUGAUGAAAGGAUAAGAGGAAAAAUUGUUGAUUGCUGGCUCUCUCUCUCUCUCUCUCUCUCUCUCUCUCUCUCUCUCUCUCUCUCUCUCUCUCUCUCUCUUUGUAUCUUUGUUUUUAUUUUUUUAUUUUUAUUUUUUCUUCUCCAUUUUAGUCAGAUUACAUAUAUAUAUAUUUUUUACUGUUGUGAAGCUAAGAAGUUGCAGUACUGUGCUUGAGAGAACAUGCUCUCUCUCUCUCUCUCUCUCUCUCUCUCUCUCUCUCUCUCUCUCUCUCUCUCUCUCUCUCUCUCUCUCUCUCUCUCUCUCUCCCCACGGAAGUUAGGUGAAGGUAAUCUGUAAUUUUGUAACUUGUAUUAUUAUUAUUAUUAUUUUUACGUGAGUUUUUUUACACACGAACGAUGUCAUUGUAAAAACGUUAGUCUCUUGUUAUUAUUAUUAUUAUUAUUUUAUUUUUUAUUAUUUUAUUUAUUUAUUAUUUUUUUGGUAGCUGUAGUGCUUGUGUUAUGUGGUCACCUCCUCCUCCUCCUCCUCCUCUUCUCUCUUUUUCUCUUUUAUUUGUUUAUUUUUGUUAGUUCGAAUUGUUAUUAUUAUUGGGAGAUUGCUUGGUGAGCUCUCUCUCUCUCUCUCUCUCUCUCUCUCUCUCUCUCUCUCUCUCUCUCUCUCUCUCUCUCUCUCUCUC